CGUAAAUUUGGCACAUGCGCACUGCCGGCCCUCAAACAUCCCUUUCUAUGCUGCGCGUCUGACGACUAGCAUCUAACGAGCUUCAAAAUGCAGCUCUUCUUGCGUGCCCAGAACACUCACACCCUUGAGGUGAGCGGACAAGAGACUGUGGGUCAGAUCAAGGCUCAUGUCCAGACUCUAGAGGGUCUCCUGGUGGAGGAUCAGGUCCUUUUGCUUGCAGGUUGCCCGCUGGAGGAUGAUGCUUCCCUGGCAUCAUGUGGUGUCUCCGAACUCUGCACCUUGGAGGUAGCUGGCAGGCUACUAGGAGGUAAAGUCCACGGAUCUUUGGCCCGUGCCGGAAAAGUCAGGGGACAGACCCCCAAAGUGGACAAGCAGGAAAAGAAGAAAAAGAAGACUGGCCGUGCCAAGCGCCGCAUCCAGUACAACAGGCGCUUUGUCAAUGUGGUGCCCACCUUUGGAAAGAAGAAGGGCCCCAAUGCCAACUCCUAAAGGUGUCCCAUUGAAAAUGAUCACCACCAAUCCAAGUUAAAAUGUUUCCCCAAGUUCAAUAAAAUGUUGACUUGGGACAA